AUGCCUUUCGCAACGCAACUACGAACAAAAACUAAAACACAACAGCUAAACAUACAACAGAGUAAACAAGCAUCUAAGCACUCUGAAUCAUCCAAAUCCACCUCUCAAGCACCACCGAAUGAUCUCGACUCGCCUGAGGUCGCUCAUGUCGAACCGACGGCCGUCUAUCAACCGAUAACUUUGAAUUUCUCCUACACUACAGCUCCAUCUUAUAUCGCAGCCGAGAAUCCCGAUAUGAUACACUUUCAGCAAGUGCUCAAUAAAUGGAUUCGAUCUCAAACGAACUCACGUCUAGUUGCUUUCCUUCUAGUUUCUCGUGAAUGCAACGCUUGUUUUUGCCAGGUAAUUCACCUUAUUGUUGCCGGCGAGCAUCUCUUGAAGGAAGCCGUUAACUGUGGUGAUGCGAGUGUUUUGUAUCGACUAUUCCCGCGAUAUGAUUCUUCGGAUCGAACGAAUUCAACGUCGGACGAUGAGAUUAUCCUUCCACCUCCCUACUCACCUGAUGCAUCACCGAUUUUUGUCGAUAUCAAAUCCCUUGAUCAGGCAUUCCGUUCGAAAUUGCAUGCGAUCGCGGUCUCGGUGGAUGGCGGCCGUGCUGUGAAAGUCCCCAUUGACGCUUUUUGUGCGACAAUUAUUUUGUUACAAGCGCGUUGUGGUUUUGUCGCUGGCCUUCUUAUGGUUCAUCAGAAUGAACGAACGAAAGAAAGUGAGCGACAGGCGAUUGCACCUCAUUUGACUAUGAUCGGAACACUUCUGUCGAUCGUCGUUAACGUCGAAGAGCAAAAACGUCUCGCGAGACAAUCGCAAAUAUUCCUUACAAUGGCACAAAACGUCUUCUCCAGUUUACGUAUGUCUUUUGUGCAGUAG